AUGGGGAUCUUCAACAGAGGCAACCGCAACAAUGGGGUGAGGCUUGAAACCAACCUGCCGGCAUCAUCCCUUUCUGCCGGUGUCACAGCAUCCUGCCGUGUGCUCGCUCCGAACACCCCUUCGCCCGCUCCGCCGAACCCCAAGAAGGACCCCCAAACACCGCAGAUCAGCCCACUGGAGAAGAGGUUAAAGGACAUGGGAUCUAUUCGAGUCGACGGAAGCGACAAGUUCUUUGGCAUGGAAAAUUACGGAAAUACCUGCUACUGCAAUUCAAUCCUUCAAUGCCUCUACUACUCCGUGCCAUUUCGCGAGGCAGUAAUUAAUUACCCACAACGAACACCCGUCGAGAGCAUUGAGGCGGCUCUCGCCAAGAACUUGCGGUUCCCAAACCCAAAUGCGCACCUGGAGGCUGAGGCGCAAGCAGCCAAGCAGAAGGCCGCCGUACCCUCCGCGCGCCAGGCCGGUGUGACCCCCAAUCAACCCCAGAAACCGGAAGACAAAGAAUCGCCGGAAUACAAGAAGAAAAUCGCCCUGCAGACCCUUCCCAUCCUCGAGACGAAGAAUAAUGCCACCAGUUAUGGCAUGUCGGAAUCUCUCUUUACCUCGCUGAAGGACAUUUUUGAGUCGCUAGUGGGCAGUCAAUCACGUAUCGGAAUUAUCCGACCGCAGCAGUUCUUGGAUGUACUGCGCCGCGAGCAUGAGAUGUUCCGGACCGCUAUGCACCAAGAUGCGCACGAGUUUUUGAACCUCCUACUCAAUGAAGUGGUAUCGAAUGUCGAAGCCGAGGCUACAAAGCAGAGUUUCGCAGAGAAGACGCUGCCGGGCGCAAGUGCAGAUUCGCUGGGUAUGACAGAAAGCGCUGGUUCGAAAUCUCCGAACACGAUUCGAUGGGUCCACGAAUUGUUCGAGGGUAUUCUAACGUCCGAAACGAAAUGUCUGACCUGCGAGAAAGUCUCUCAGCGAGAUGAGGUAUUUUUGGAUCUUUCGGUAGAUCUUGAACAGCAUUCAUCCGUAACAUCUUGCCUACGGAAGUUCUCAGCCGAAGAAAUGCUUUGCGAGAGGAAUAAGUUCCACUGCGAUAACUGUGGUGGUCUUCAGGAGGCAGAGAAGCGAAUGAAGAUCAAGCGCUUGCCUCGUGUGUUGGCUUUGCAUCUGAAACGUUUCAAAUAUACCGAGGACUUGCAGCGACUACAAAAGCUGUUCCAUCGAGUCGUCUACCCUUACCAUCUACGUCUUUUCAACACGACCGAUGAUGCCGAAGAUCCUGAUCGACUUUAUGAAUUAUACGCCGUUGUGGUUCAUAUUGGUGGAGGACCCUAUCACGGUCAUUAUGUUGCGAUCAUCAAGACCGAGGAUCGCGGUUGGUUGUUGUUUGACGACGAAUUGGUGGAGCCAGUGGAUAAGAACUAUGUCCGCAACUUUUUCGGCGAUCGCCCGGGCCUGGCCUGUGCGUACGUUCUAUUUUACCAAGAGACGACCCUGGAGGCCGUCAUGCGAGAACAGGCCCAGGAAGAUCAAGCAUCCACUGCGGCGGCAGCUGAAGCAGGUGCACAGGCUAAUGGGUCUCUGACUCAUGUACAAAGCGUGCCUGUAGAUGACUCGCACAGACCAAUCACGCUUAACAAAGUAACAACAGCGCCCGGUCAAAUGCCUGUACAUAUCGAAGUUCCAGAGGCUGAGCCGACAUCACCAUUCCCACCUGUUGAACCUAUCCAGCCCAUCCAACCCGUCCAGCCCAUCCAGUCUCCUCAGUCUCCUCAGUCUCCUCAGCCUCUUCAGCCUGUCCAGCCCGUUCAUCUACCCGAGAUUCUCACCCCACCGCCGAUCCCUAAUGAAAAAGCUCCUACUCUUAGUCCAAAGAAGAGCGAUGCCCAGAUACGGAAGGAUAAGGCUCGAGAGGAAAAAGAGAUGCGCGCAGCACAGAAGGUAGCCGAAAAAGCAGCCAAGGAUGAACGGGAAAACAGAGAGAAGAUGGAGAGAAUUCAACGCAAGGAACUUGAUCAGCAACGGCAAGCCCAGAUAAAACAGGAGGCUGCUGAUCUCGAAAAGGCCCUCAAAGCUAGCAGGGAAGCAAGCAAAGCGGACACGACUGAUGUUGGAGCGGAGAAUGGAUCGCCUCGAGAAGGUUCCAGAUUCAGCAUAUUCAGACGUAGCAGCCGCAGUUUGAGCAGCAGCCUUAGCAAUCGUCUCAGCAAGGACAAGGAAUCUCGAGUAUCGACCUCAACUGCAGAUACUACUCCGGCUCCAGUCCUCGAGGUACCGGCCCACGAGGAAGAACCGCUUCGGCCCCCCGUGCCUGCAAAGGACACAUCGGAUCUUUCCAGUUCAUACACCUCCACACAUACGGCACCAUUCCCACCUACAGUCCCAGAAAAGCAUGAUCCUUACUACAACAGCAGCCAUACCAACCUUCCUCCGCUCUCUACUUCUCCAACCUCCAAUCAUAUCAACCACAUCAACCAAAUCAAUAGCCCCAAUGGCAACGGUAACGGCCAUGGCAUCGGUCACGGCAACAGCGGCAGCAACGGCAGCGCGGAUAAAUCCGGCGUUGGCCACACUCGAUGGAGAUCAUUCAGCUUCAAAAAGUCUGCAGCGUCAUGA